AUGCCCGCGCAAAAGAAAAUGCGACCCCCAAAGUAUCUAGAAAAGAUGUUAUUUAUAAACCAUAAGGAAGAUCAAUCCCUGGAGGAUCGGUUGGCAAGGAUACACCUCCGGUCUAGACUUCGGGAAAUCGAGCUAGAUCGGGAACGGAUCAAAGUUCGGGAUGAACUCCGAGAUUCCAAAAAAAAGCAAAUCCCUAUUGACAAUGCCCUUGCAAGGCAAGAAAACAUGACGUCACGCCCUCCUCUGCCAUCAAGGAAACAGACACGACUUUCGGUGACCUCUGACCCUCGAUCACCUCAGGACGAGGACGGACCGAACGCGUACCUCCUUGGAGAGUAUAAGAGGAUGUCCGAAGUUAUUCCAACUAUCCUUUUGACACUGUCGGCAAAGGACGAUAAAAACAAACCGAAAUCUGGCACGAGAUACAGAACGGACCACACAAAAACACAAUCAAAGAUUAUUUCUAUCCAAGACUACGAGCCUGACCUUCAUAGAAUCACAAAAUUAGCACGAACUGUGAAAACACUCCGACAUAACAUGGCAAUUAACAAGAAGCUAGAAUUUACACGACCAACUGUUUCUUUGGCAAAAAUGUUUAAAGAAAUAUACGAUAAAGAACAUGAUUUAGAUCAAUAUACAGAUGGUGCGUGUGUUUUACUAAAGAGAAAAAUGGAAAAAAGACGUCGAGGGCCACUGCCUCCCCUUGAUAGGCCUAUGAGACGGCAUUCAGCAUACGAGUUACCGACAAAAGAGCAACACAAGGUUAACGACGCCGAGACCGGAAGUCGCGAAAGUGCACUUCCGCCCAAUGAUAGACAUUCUGCAGUACUUCCCGGUCUGAAAAGAACACAGAGUAUGGCCAAUCUGCCACGGAUGACAAGAAGUAUGUCCAGUCUAAGUGUCCUUGGUGUCCGUCGGUCCGAAAGUCCGGACACUAAAAUGUUUAUAGGCGAGGAUGAACUGGUCAUGCGCAAAAGAGUUGCGUUUGAAUUGCACAAAUAUGAACGAUUGAGAGAAAAAGUGGACAGGUUUCUUAUUCCCUCAAAACCUAUUGUUGAAGCACCUGACGAAUUAGUGGUUACGUGA